GUUCAGUAGCCACUAAAACUGUCAUGUACAAUGGUAAGUCAUCAUCUCAUUUCAAAAAAAUAUCCUCUUUUAUCCUCUUUCAAAAUUAAUGCAUCAUUUUCACCCAUUUUUUUAGGUUGCGAAACAGUACCUGGUGACACAUGUCCUCCUGUCACCACGCCUAAACCAACCGAUGCACCAAUCACAACGCGUAGUUUAACCAUCACAGGAAAUGGUUGUACCACGUGUGAAAAUCAAAGUUGCACAGUUGGCUUCCAUACAGUAAAAGUUGAAUGGCAACCUCCAGCUACCUCAUCACCUAUACAAAAUUACGAAAUAUAUUGGGGAAAAGCUCAACCAUUUUUCCCGGGAUUUCCCGAUUUGGUUGUGUUCGCCGGAAAAACAGAAAUUGCGCCAGCGACAGCUACAUCUUAUACUUUAAACGUACAACCAAGUAUGAACCCAUUAGGAGUCAUGAUUUCUGCUAUUAGUUCCACAUCAGAUCCUCCACGUCCUCUAAGUCGAAACUACGUUUUCCUCGAUAUACCAGAUCUAAACCUCGAAAAUCUGACGUGCCCGCAAUAAGAAAUUAUUUAUGAAGAAUCAGAAGAAUGCAUAAGCCAAUAAGAUUGCUUGCUUUUAGCGCCAUCUUGAGCUGGUUUCUGAAUGGCAUCUGAAAAAAAAUGUUAUAUAUAAAUUCAUCUUUAAAACUUUUGUAUAGUGCAACUUUUUCCCCAGGGCUCUUUUUCAUUCUCAAAGGAAGCCCUGGGGACGAGGUUGGUGUAUAGCACACUUUAUAAAUAUGUCGCUGAAUGACAAGUAAUUUAAGCAAUUAUUAUUUGUGGAAUUAUAAGGAUAUUUUUGCACAUCAUCUUCAUAUGUUGUAUAUCUUUACUCCAAGAUAUACUCAUGCCUCGUUAUUUUCACGUUUAUAUAUAUAAUAUAUAUAUGCUAUAUGUUUUAUAUGCGUCGUUAAAGAUAUACAUGAAAGAAAAAAUGUUGAUAAGAAACACACUUUUUAUAUUACAAUCCACAAAUUGUAUUAUGUUUCUAUAAAAAACAAACAUAUAAUCUCUCUC